AUGUUCACCCCGCGGGAGAGCCUCGCGACAACGCCGCGAGACGCGCGCGACGGCGGACAAACUCCGCGAGGGCGGGAUGAUGGCGGGACGGAGGAGGAUACAGAUGAUGAGAAGGAGGAGACGGAUACAGAUGAUGAUGAUGAUGAUGAUGAUGAUGAUGAUGAUGAUGAUGAUGAUGAUGAUGAUGAUGAUGAUGAUGAUGAUGAUGAUGAUGAUGAUGAUGAUGAUGAUGAUGAUGAUGAUGAUGAUGAUGAUGAUGAUGAUGAUGAUGAUGAUGAUGAUGAUGAUGAUGGGGAGGAUGGCGACUCGGAAGAUGGUGCAGAAGACGCGAUUCGAGACGACAGCGAUGGGGAUGAGGAUGGGUACAACGAGGAGGUGGAGCAGCGGGAGAAGCUCGACCAGGAGGUUAUUCAGGCCAUGUACGAGCGGGUGAAGCACAUGGGGGAGCUGACGGACAACUUCAAGAAUCUAUUCUUCUUCCUCUGCUACACCUGCCUCUAUCUCACCGUGCUCUACCUGCAAGCCGACGCCUCCAUCUGCUACCAAGUCACCACCGCCCACAACGUGCUGCUGCCGCCCGACUACACGGCAGCAGCAUCCAUGACCAUGAACAGUCCAGACGACUUCUACUCGUGGAUCAACGACAGCAUCAUACAGGUGGUGUGGAAGGACCCUCCCUGCGGCAACGGCAUCUGCGAGCGCCCCUUGGAGUUUGAAGCCUUCGGUCGUUUUGGCUGCUCGGCGGACUGUGGGGACCUGGCAGCCGUGACCAGCGUGACAGUGCACCUCACCACCGACUUCCAUUCUGCCAUUGAUGCUGCUGCCUCCUCCUGGAACCUCUGCCGCGAUGCUCCCUCGCCUCUAUGCUGGUACGCAGAGGACCAGCAGUUCACAGAGCUAGCAUCGGACACGCAAGUCACACUCGCACUGCCAGACGGCUCAUGGUCUCUCGCCUGCUCGCGCUUUGCGAGCUGUCUGGCCAACUACUGUGGGGCGGGAGGGUACUCCCCUGCAGCCCUCUCCUCGCUCUUUGUCACCUGCGCCUCUGCCUGCAACGACAACUCCUCCCUGCCCUUCCUGCCCUUUAGUGACUUCUCUUGCGCCGAGAUCAUCAACGCCACGGCAGACAGCCUUGCAGGCUUCCAGUGCUCCUAUCCGUCCAACUCAACGCUCACCACAGGGAGGAAGGCUCGGAACCUCUGGGAGCAGGCAGCACAGGCUGUCAGCCGAACCUCUUCGUGGCACCAGGCUCGGCAGCAGGCUCGGCUCCAGGGCCGGAAACGUCUGGCAGAGGACACUGCUACUGCUGCUGUCGCCUCUUCGCUUGCUGCUUUGCCUGGCAACGCCACAAGCAUCUGGACCCACCUCGGCUCCACCAACGCUCAGCGAAUCACGAGCCUCCACGUGGCAGUCGCCCGAGCCCUGUACACAGCUGUCAAGGACGACUGCCUAGUCGGCUCCCCCCUCUUCUCCCCCCGGGCCAACCCCUCCCCUCCCUCCUCUCCCUCCUCUCCCACCUCUCCCUCCUCUCCCUCCUCUUCUUCCUCUCCCCCGUCUCCUUCCUCUCGCUCCUCUCGUGUCUCCUCUCGUCGCUCCACCCGCCCCUCCUCCCCCGCUAUCCUCCCGCCUGUCAUCCUCUCCCCGUCCUCUCGGUCCCGACUUGCUGCUUUCCUCUGCGUGCUGUUUGCCGGGGAGGAAGCUGCUCAGAAAGUGCCCGAGUGCAAGUACACGUCAUUAUGGGACGGGCGGCAGCUGGUGUCUGCUACUGAGCUGGCGGCCGACGUGCCGUGGACUGUUGCGCUCAAUCAGACGUACCACUUGUCUCGGGACCAGGCGGCGCGUUUCGUCCUUCUCCUCACCGCAGCGCUCAAGUCCGUCGUCCUGUUGCCGGACGAUGACGUGGCAGAUGCCGCCCGGCUGCUGCAUGCACUCGACCCUGUGGUCGUGGACCCCUCCCUGCCUUCCUGUGGCACCACUGGCACAGGCCCCACGGUGAUGUGGGGGGCGAGCAGGCAGCCCAGCACGGUGGUGCCGGUGGGGGAGCGAGUCACGUGGGUGUGGGCGGACGGCCAGCCACAUGCCAUCAACGUGGCGGGAUUCGGAGACGCAGCAGCCACGCCUUUCUAUGGCAUGGGCAGUGGGCGGUUGGUGGUGAGUGCUGACGUGGCAUGCAGCGCGGAGAACGUGGGGACCACAGCGACGCUCAUCAACGGCUCACACGCGUCCACCGCUGAUCCUGCGCCAUGUGUCCUCAGUCCCACCAGCACGGCUGCCUCGUCCCCCCCCACCCCGUUCUCCUACACCACGGUCUUCCCUGUUCCCGGGACCUUCGUCUAUGAGUGUUCACGUGUGGGAGAGCCCACGCGAGGCUUUGUCACUGUCCUCCCUCUCUUCUCCUCCUCCUCUUCUUCCUCAUCCCCCUCCUCCUCUCGUUCCCGUGCUACCAUUGGUCAAUCCGGCAAGCCAAUAGAAUGCGCGCCAGGCUGCCUGCUCUCCUCACUAGCAGACGGAAGAUGCAACCCACCUUGCAACGUCGACGCGUGUGCUUUUGACGGCGGAGACUGCUCAUGCGCGCUGCCGGCCACGUCCGUUCCCGAGCCUGCAUCCGUAGCUUCAGGCUCGGUCCCAGGCUCGGGGCUAGGUCCGGUGGGAUUCGUGGCCCGGCCGCAGUACUGCCCCUGUCCUCCGGGACAGGUUCGGUCGGACGAAGGAGCAUGCUGCAUGACGUCAGCCAUAGGGGAUGGCCUCUCCUUUCCCUUCACCCUCGCCAUGUUCUCCAAUGCCACGUCAGCUGCCACGUCGACUGGAAAUGCCACGUCAGCAGCUGCGCCUGGUGCCGCGGCUGCGGGAAAUGCGUCGUCAGCGAAUGGCACGGAGGAGGUGGCACUGUCUCGCUUCGUAGCGGAACAGAACAGGGUGCUGAUAGGACUCAAAAUCGAGCAGACCCGGUGGGACGCCGUAACCUGCCAGCCAUACAGGUUCUCCUCCCUCUUCCAGCACUGCUUGAACGGCAUAUCCACCGCCCCCUUUGGCGUCAACCCGCACUUCCUGCCCUCCUCCUCGCUCUACCUCCCUGACGCCUACGUGGCGCUCAACGACUCGCUGGCCAGCGCUGACGUGGACACCAUGCAGCCAAUCGCGACGCGGCCUGACGGCGUGCCUUAUGGCUUCCAAGUCGCCAAGGCGAACGAGAAGGUAUCCCUGGUGAUAUUCGACAUCAAUCUGGACAACGAGGCGGCCACUCCCAAUGGCGAAGGCGACUCCAGUUUGUUUGUGUACACCACCGUGCGACUCAACUUUGAGAUUGGCGGCAAGAUAGCGGUGACAUACAAUGUCGAUCCGGUCGACGUGGAGCUCUACUCGUCCAGCGCCGACUGGGUGCGGCUGACGGUGACGGUGCUGUAUGUGUGCGCCGUGGUGUGGAACCUCAUAGAGGAGCUCGUGGAGGCGUUUCAGUGCUGGCUGGAAACGGGCAGGAUCACAUCGUACUUCAAGACGCUGUGGAACUGGCUGGACGUGCUCUCCCUCACCAUCCAAUUCAUCGGCAUCAUCAUGUGGUUCAUCAUAUCGGUACAACUGGCGGGUGGCUUCCAGGUGCAGCCACGAUACGACAUCUAUGUCACAGGGGACUCGCCCUUUGUCUGGCGGCUGCAGUACCCCCCGGUGGGCUACGAGCAGGCGCAGGCCGUGUAUGACUCGGUGCGCAACCUUGUGCAGUGGCGCUCCAUCCUCGUGUCGCUGCAGGGCAUCAACGUCUUCCUCUUUCUCCUGCGUCUGCUCAAGCUCAUGGACUUCCAGCCGCGCAUUGCCAUCCUCUCACCUCCUAAUCGUCUUCCUCUUCCUGCUGCGUCUGCUCAAGCUGAUGGACUUCCAGCCGCGCAUCGCCAUUCUCACGCGCACAAUGGCAGCAGCCUUCCCCGCCCUCGUGCAUUUCUUCCUGCUCUGGGCCAUCAUGUUCAUCGGCUUUUCCCUUUAUGCCUAUGUGGUGUUUGGGCGCACGUUGGAGCAGGUAAGGUGCUGUGUUGGGCAGAGAGUGGUGCUGGCCGGUACCAUUCGGUUGGCAGGUGCAUGUGCAGGGCAGCAGGUGGGUGGGUAACCUUCCCCGCCCUCGUGCACUUCUUCCUGCUCUGGGCCAUCAUGUUCAUCGGCUUCUCACUCUACGCCUACGUGGUCUUCGGCCGAACGCUAGAGCAGGUACGGUGCUGUGCUGGGCGUAGAAAGGUGCUAGCCGGUACAGUCGUGUUGGCAGGUGCCAUGCAGCAGGUGAGUGGGGUGCCUUCCUCGUCCUGCACGGUGGCCAUGUCCAUGGUGUCCUGCUUCCUCAUUCUCAUAAACGACAACAGCACCGGAUAUUACUUCAUUCAGCUCGAGGGUUCAGCACGGUGGCCAUGUCCAUGGUGUCCUGCUUGCUCAUUCUCAUCAACGACAGCAGCACGGGAUACUACUUCAUCCCUCCCCCUCUUAUGUCUAAUAACCACACCUUUCUUCUCCCCCAUUCACCCUCCUACAACUCAACAGUUCAGCACGGUGGCAAUGUCAAUGGUAUCCUGCUUCCUCAUCCUAAUCAACGACAACAGCACCGGCUACUACUUCAUUCAGCUGGAGGGGUGGAACCUCACAGCAGCAAUCAUCUUCUGGGUCGCCUACAUCAGCGUGAUGGUGUUUGUCAUGCUCCACAAAUCCACGGAGGAGUCACCAGCCUUCCCGGUGGACAUGUGGUAUGUGCUGCGCAACGUGGUGCGGCGGCUCUCAACGGACUAUUGGAAGCCGGGACGGCUGCAGCGCCACCUGCUCAUGCUGGGCGCAGAGGACGUUGAUGUUACGCUGGAGGAUUCGGUGGUGGCCAAGUCAGUGGCGGCGCUCAAAGAGGGCUGGAAUCGAGUCAGCCGCUGCUGCAGAGGCCUGGGGCGAAGCAAGCCACGGCCGCGCAGGGUGUUGCGGGUGGGCAAGCGGUGCUUGAAUGCCGACGCGCUGCUGGGGGUGCUGGAGCGCUGCGCUGCCAACCGACCCCCUGGCAGUGACUCCGUGCGCGGAGAAGGCUUCAGCUUCAAGCGACAGACCGAUCCCGACCCUACCAUCGAGGUUCGGCCCAUAGCUAACGUGAUCCUGGCUCAGUUUGGGGAGGUGCUAGAGGGGAUGUCAGCCCCGGUGGCACCUCUCAGGGAGCAGGAGCAGCAGCAGCAGCAGGAGGAGGAGGAGCACAGAAAGCUCAAAGACACACUCACUAGGGUUGCUAGAGACGCUGCAAUGACAGCGGAGGGACUAGAAGUGCUGAAGGGAGAGGUGCAGCUGCAGAGGAGGGCAGUGAGGAGGCUGCAGAAGCAGGUGGUUCAGCAGGAUAUGAGAGCGAUUGAGCAGGCGAGCGCGCUGCACCAGCAGCUGCUGCUGCAACAGGAACUCAUUCUGCGCUUGUUGAAUUCGCAGAGCGACUCCGACGCUGCUUGA